AUGAGAGACAGCAAUGCCCAGAUUCUUCAGCAGUUCUAUCAGGACGUGAUCUCACGCCUCUCAAGCAAGAGAGGAAAAAAGAGUGACCACGAGAAGGCUGCGAUUUCCGUUUGGCAGGAAAGACUGGACAAGCUGCGUGAUCGAGAGGACGAGGCAGCAGCAUUGAUGGAGCAUCUGCAGAAACACGACCGGUCCAGACCGGCCAAACGCCUUCGCAAAAAGGCUUCUAGCCCAUCGAAGCCACCGAGAUCCUCCGCACCAGCCCCCUCGCAAGAAGAUGCUGAUCCUUUGCGCAACCCUUUCAACAGCAUGCCGGUUGUGCCCCUACAAGUUACAUACGACCAAAAGCUCGGAAAUUUACUCAGAACCCGCCGCUAUGCCACCGGGUUUUCCUGUCAGAAGCUUGCGCGUGUCUGGCAGACCUAUGUCGCUUCAGACACAGUGGACUUGGACAUAACGAACUGUUGUUUCGUUUUACUGCUUCAGAUCCUGGACAAGCUCGAGCCACUCCACUCGCAAUGGACUGCGGUGCGUGAGACCUUGCGUGAAUGUGCCGAAGACCGAGAUUUGGUGAUCCGCCACAAGUUGAAAACUGUGCCUGAGGCCGGCAAGCUUAUGCUGAUCAAGAUUUUCAAUGGUGGCUUGCCCCCUGAGGAGUUCUUCAGGAACGAGUUUGUUCUGAAGGUGCAAAGGGCAUCCGCGUUCUGCAGGUGGCUCGCUGCUUCGUUGCUGCCGGAAGUGUUUGAGCACGCCUCUGCUGAUCGACCUCACCCAGACUCGUCUUGCCUCUUUUAUUUAUGGAGCGCUGUCGAGGACAUGUUGCUGGAUCCCUGGCUGGAGCAUCUUCAGACGCUCCAGCCAUGUCACGUUAGCUUGCAUUUCGAUGGACUCCGUGUCAGCAGAUCCGUGACAGGACCAGAUCUGACAGAGUUCUGCCGAGGCUGCAAUGCUGCCAUCGAAGAGAAGACUGGCUUUCGCGUGGACGUCAGAGCGAAAAUGCACAAACACUUCCUGCAGGUUCUACUCGACACUGGGACUGUCCUGGAUGCCAGUGUCGAUGUGCCGGACGAGCUUCUUUCCGAUGGUAACUGCAUCCCACUAGCCCUGCAUCAUUUGGGUUACGUAGACGAGGCCCUGGCUUUCGUGAAAGCAGCUGAUACCGAGCACGCCCACUAUUUCAAUCGCAGGAAGCAUCGCACCUAUGAGCAGCUGCACGAGGCCCUGCAGAUCUCAAUCGAGCCAGUUGAAAUUUCAAGCAACUUGUCGAGCGUUUCUUUGUGUGGCAAGUAUUUGCUGCACUGUGUCAGUGAUGAUCGGCCUCAUUGCAUCGCUCUGGUUGCAGAUGGAACUGACCUCUGGCAAGUUCGUGACCGAAAGCAGCACAUCUCUGUUGAAAGGGAUCAGGUCUUGAAGGCGUGGACGACAUCCGUCGACCGCCUGUAUCUGGUUUUGUUUCAGGUCGGUGGCCCGAAGAUCGAGGAGGUGCCGUUGCAGCCAAACUUCAAGGAGAGACGUCGCCUAUUGGAGCUGCAGGCAGCAGCAGGCUCUGAGUCCAGCAGUGCCCGGCCCAUCGUAUGUUGCGGAAGCGAAACAGACUCGGAGCUGUUCGCAGAGGAAGACGAGUCUAUGUGCCGAGCAGGUGACCGUAUCCUGGAGUUACUGAGGCAGGAAGUGGGGGCCGUGCUCGCCAAGCGCAUCAAGCCUUUUCCGAUUGAGGAUAAUGCGAUGCUGGUCUGUCCCCUCUGCCCUUUCCGAGGUUUUCGCAGCAGCAAUCCCAGCAGACUUUAUAAGCAUGUCCGGAAUUACCACGACGGGCCGAGGCAAUUCUGUCCCAGCGGCACCAAACAGAUGAAGUUGCUGAUCAGCAUCUACGACAACGACCGCCUACUUGGCCGCGAGGAGCGGCCCGACUUGCUGCAGCGUUCAGCAACCCUCAUUCGCCAGACUGUUUCACCUGCACUGGAACGCUCGAUCAACCAGAUCGACCGCUACAUCAGAUUGGUCCUGACAGGCUCCGGGCCGGAGUACUGGAACUUGACUGCCGUGCUGCAGGCGCCACUGCGUAGGGCACGCAAUAUCUACUACAGUGUCGACUUUGCGCAGAUGCUCUUCCAGCAAACGUUGGUCCAGAAUGCUAAGGCUCGGGUCUUGGGGUCCUGUCCUCUGUGCCGUGUACUCAUAAAGGCCCCCUGGCAGGUCCACGCCAUCAUGGCAGCCUUGCACACACGUGUCCAUGGAGAUGCUGCCAGCCUUCUGCCAAGCCACGCCAAGGAUUGGUGGCCCGUGCUGGAGGAUAUCUUCACUUCCUCUGCAGUGAUCGACAUGGAAGCAAACUUACUGCGGGAGGCCAUUGGACACAAAGAAUGCUUGUGCCUCAGCAUCGACGCCACGCUCCGCUGCUGCCUGUCUGUGCUGGGUCAGCCGAAACGGCGCCGCUCCAGCCGCGAGGCAGUGCAGGCUGCGUUUGACGAGGAAAGCAUGCUGCGCAGAGUUUUCACUGUUCGCGGUCGCACCAAUGCGACACUCCUCAUGAUGGCCUGCCAGUCUGACGAUGCUCAGACUUGUGCACAGGUGCUUAGUGAAGGGCUUCCUGCAGAGGGCUUACGCCAGGUCCAGUAUGUGAGUGUCGACAACCCAUCUCGGCACUACUUACUCACACUCAAGACCAUAUGCCCCAAUCUUCAACUCAUGGCACUUGAUCCUGUCCAUCUUGCAAUGACGUGUGAAUAUGCCUCGUCAAGAAGGCGCACCGGGUUCACGAGAGUCCUGAGACGUAUGCUGUGCAAGUUCACAGCCGUGGAUUCGACGUUGGAUGCAGGUGCAUGGGGAAAAUUUUUUGAUGGCCGCAACAGUCCACCACUGACAGCAGCGGAAAUCAAGUUUCGUAACCAGAUCGAGGACCGCUCCAUGCGGCAGGCAGACGCUGUCAGGCUUUUAGAGAGCCUCGACCCCACCACUCCCUUCUAUUCCCGCGCCGAAUGGGUGCAGAUGCUGGCUGCAGUCGUUUCUGCGCACAGGCAAGAAGCCGACAGACUUGCCCCAGGCCCUAACCGCCGAAUCUGGCAGCUGUUGCACACUGCCUCUGCCGCAGACAGGAGUGAGUGGUACUUCAACAACAUCAGGCUGCGUCAUUCUUUCCCAAGAAGUUAUUUGAACCUCUUGCCGGCUGGAACCGCCAGCAACGAGUCCCUGCACCAUGAGAUCAACUCAUGGUUUCGGGAGACUCAGAAGAUCCACCAGAGCAGCCUCAAGAUGAAGCUGAGGAUCUUACGUCUCGGCAAGCUAAUUUCACAUAACGCGGCCAUGUACCAUCAAACAAGCCGACAACUCAGUCAGGCCAUUGUCUUGGCUCGCGCUAGCAGCUACUGUCUGUGGAACGCUGGGCAGUGGAAAGCAUGGUGCAGCCUUUUGGAAGACGACGGCAAACUGCAAAAAGCAGACUUGCCAGUCGAAAAAGCACGCAGCUCAGAAAGAGCUGCUGUGUGCGCCCGUGCAAAGCACGGAACAGGAUCUCGUCUGCCUAAGGCACGGGUCCGACGACGAACCCCACACACUUUAAAGCGCAAGGACGGCCUGCGCCGAGGUGGAGUGCACGUCGAAGUGAUGUGCAGCGGGUGA